CACAAAAUAAGCACCGAUAGAAGUUCGUCCAUGCAUUACGAAUCAAGACCAUCGUACGAUGUGUACCAUUUUGUUCGUUCUUGUCUUUGCGAUUUUCGGUCAUGUUCUUUAUUGCAAGCAACUACAGCAGCGCGAACCAUCGCUCGUGUAUCCCGCGUUUCUCGAAGGCCGAGGGUUGCCCGGAAGUCGAAUCCUUAAGAUCAACGAGGACAUUACGUUAAACCUAGAAAAAAGUUCUGCCCUAGCCGACGAGUUUCUAGUCAGGAGCUACAUUGACGGCAUUCUGAAGCACACAUAUCUGGAUGGGUCUUAUCUAGAAGAGGACCUGUUCCAUGAUAAAGAUAAAAUGGCUUCCGUCACCGUAUCUGUUGAGGAAGGGGUACAAGUGGAAGGAAUGAUUGGAAAUAAGUUAAGGAUAAUGCCGGCGCUUGAGCAGGAACGGUCAUCAGAUGGCCGCGUUGCCCAUUGGCUACAUGAGAUCACGGACUCACACGCAGGAUUUCAUAAUGACUACGUAAUGCCCGAAAGACCCUAUCACAACAUUACAGAAAGAGCAAAGAAAAAGGGUACUAACAAGUCAGCAAAAAUAUACCCCGAACUAUUUGUAUUGGUUGACACAGUAUUUUUCGGGGAAUUCGGAAACAAUGAGAAAUUGAUAAAAUAUCUAUGUCGCACAUUCAACGCGGUUAAUUUAAGAUACUUGAGCGUUGACAACCCGAAAGUGAAGUUUAGGCUUUUGGGAAUAGAGCUACUUUCGAACUCAAGAGAGUCGUUCCUGGCUUUUAUGCCUAACCUAUCAAACGCCAUAGACGGAGUCAAGUCAGUAUUCAACAUGAGAGUUUUCUUCAAUCAAAACAAGAAAGACUAUGCCACCUAUGACAUCGUCUAUUUGGUUACUGGGAGGGACAUGGUUAUAAUACAGGGAUCACACGUCGACAGAGGCAACAUGGGGUAUGCGUUCAUUGCCGCGGCAUGUGGAGAAAGUAGAGUGGGUUUAGGAGAAGACAAGGCCAAUACCUUCUUGGGAGUACGCAUCAUGGCUCAUGAACUUGGACACCUAAUGGGAUGUCCUCACGACGGCGACCCUACACCUCCUAACCUUGGAGGUCCCGGAUCUACAAGUUGUCCUUUUGCCGACGGAUACCUUAUGAGUUAUUACACGCAUAAUAUGAACCAAUACACAUUCUCAUCGUGCUGCAAGAAGGAGAUUAGCCUUAUGGCCAGAACUCCAUUGGGAAGAUGCCUCCACAUUAAAAACGCGAUAUCUAAACUAAAAAAUAUGGAUCAGAACUUGCCGGGAGAGGGCGUGUCCAAGACAACUCAAUGCAAGAGAGCAUUUCCAAAGUUGAAAAAAACACACUACAUGAAGAACAGACCGAUCGUAAACUGCGCCAUGCAGUGUUUUAUUCCCAAACAAGUAUACGGCUAUGAUACCCACAUCGCGGUUGCACUAACCGAUGGAACCACAUGCAACAAAAAAGGACACGUCUGCAUUAACGGCCGCUGCAGGACCAAGAAGAAAAAAUAUCUUUUCUAA